UAACCUACAUCAUACAAGCCAUUGACAGGUGGGACCCGCUUAUGAGAUACAUCCUCCUCGUCGGAGCCGUGUCGGCGGCGGCGGAAAAAGCCGGGGAACCAGCCACCGAUGCUAAAACCACAGACGUCGUGGGCAGCUUCCCUCCCUCUCUUCAUCGUCCGCCGCUGCUCGAGAUCCGCGGCCAGCCCAUCUCCUGCCGGUGACCGGCGGCUCUCCUUUCUCCCGGUUUGCAAGCGGCGGAUGAGCACGCUGGCGCAGCCCAGGUUCGCCCCUCUCCCUACGGAGCGAAUUGAAUCCCAAACAGAUGCUGGUGCUGCUGGGUACCAGUUCCGGCUGGUCUCUUACAACAUCUUGGCCCAGGUUUAUAUUAAGAGUACGUUUUUUCCUCACUCUCCAUCUGCAUGCCUCAAGUGGAAAUCUCGAUCGAAAGCUAUUCUUACAGAACUGAAGAGCUUUGAUGCUGACCUCAUGUGCAUACAGGAGUUGGAUGAGUAUGAUACCUUCUACAAGAAAAAUAUGGAAAACUCUGGAUAUUCAAGUAUUUACAUUCAGCGAUCUGGAGACAAAAGAGAUGGCUGUGGUAUAUUCUAUAAACCUAAAAGUGCAGAACUGGUGCAGAAAGAAGGAAUACAUUACAAUGAUUUAGUGGAAAAAUACGUUCCUAGUGAUCAUGUAAAUAGUGCCCAGGAAAAUAAUUCUUCAACAGAAGAAGACAAGAAUGCAAAACCAGAUAAUAGCAAGCGUGGAGAUCCAAAUGAUCCACGUGUAAGAUUGAAGCGUGACUGUGUUGGUCUGCUCGCAGCUUUCAAGCUUAGUGAUCCUUGUGAUCACAUUUUAAUUGUGGCAAACACACAUAUUUAUUGGGACCCAGAAUGGAUCGAUGUAAAGUUGGCUCAGGCAAAAUAUCUUCUUUCGAGAGUAUCUCAGUUUGAGCAACUCAUCUCAAAUAAAUAUAAUUGUAAACCUUCAGUGAUCAUUGCUGGUGACUUCAAUUCGACCCCUGGUGACAAGGUAUACAAUUACCUUGUAUCUGCCGGCGGUGAAACUCCGAUCAAGUUAAGCAGCCUUUAUGCUGCGAAUGGAGGGGAGCCAGAGUACACAAACUACACUCCUGGCUUUACUGGAACACUGGACUACAUAUUCUUGUCCGAUGGUAGUUCAAUAAAACCUACUAGCCUACUUUGUUUGCCGCGAGGGGAUUCUGAGGAUGUGAAAGGAGGCUUGCCCAACUUUCAACAUCCUAGCGAUCAUCUACCAAUUGGUGCUGAUUUUCUGGUAGUUAACAGCUAAUGCAGGUGUUGAUAGCAUUUUCAAUAGAAAUAGUAAAUGCCAUUGAAUAAUUUGUGUUGUUAGUUCAAGUUUCAGAGUUUAAAUGUAAUAUCUCAAGGAACAAGCUUUUCUUUUCUUGUAGAGCCAAUAGCAAUUAACAAUGCGAAUUGUAUUCAUCAAUUUUAAUAUGAUUGUGUGUAUGGGCAUUGCGGAUUUUGUUCUUAAUUUUUAAAAUGAUUCUUCUUCC